UUCUGUUCCGUCCACGUGAAAUCAGUCGUAAAUUUACAGUAAUUGUUUCCAUUGUCAAAAAGUUUUGUUGCGUGCAUCGUACCUGCGCGCGUGGCCGAUCGAGGAAGAAGACUUUUGUGCCUUCCACGCCGGGCAUCGCCACUCUAUCAUGAUAAAAUUAUUUUCAUUAAAACAAGCGAAAAAGGAUGGCGAGUCGCCGAAGGCUGGCACUCAAAAGAAGGCAUCUGCAGCACAAUUGAGAAUCACAAAAGAUAUAAAUGAGCUUAAUCUUCCAAAAACAUGUGGAACAGAGUUUCCUGAUCCAGAUGACCUUCUUAGCUUUAAGCUAAUUAUUUGUCCAGAUGAGGGAUUUUAUAGAGGUGGCAGAUUUGUCUUCAGUUUUAAAGUUGGGUCAAAUUACCCACAUGAACCACCUAAAGUAAAGUGUGAAACACAAGUUUAUCAUCCUAAUAUUGAUUUGGAUGGCAAUGUGUGUUUGAAUAUUUUGAGAGAAGAUUGGAAACCAGUUCUUACAAUUAAUUCUAUUGUUUAUGGACUACAAUAUCUUUUCUUGGAACCAAAUCCAGAAGAUCCGCUAAAUAAAGAUGCUGCAGAAGUUCUGCAAAAUAAUAGGAGAGCAUUUGAGCAAAAUGUAGCAAAAGCAAUGAAAGGUGGCUAUGUUGGCGCGUUUUAUUUUGAACGAUGUCUUAAGUGAUAUUAACGUUCACUUUAUCCGAGGACACACGGAGGACAGAGAUCGAGAGUAGAACUCCUUCGUACUCUAAAUGUGUUCCUCUCGUCCAUCUUAUACGUUUUAACGGACCUCUCUGCGUCUUCAUGAGUGCUUCAUACCUUUGGUCAGUAAACCAUUGGUAAGAAAUGUCACUGAUGCGCUGUUUUCUCGGAGUUGUGGGAUGCUUUUUAUUUUUCUUUAUUUCUUUUCCCUCAAAUAUAACAAAGGAUCAAAGUUGUAUUUAUGUUUGCAAGUUUUUAUUCACUAGUGAUUCUUUGUCAAAGAUAAUUAAAAGUAGUGAUUCAUUAUAAAGUAUUAUCAAGUAGCGAUUCAUUGUCAAAAAUAAU